AUAUUAUUAGUUGCGCGUGCUGGUCGACGUCGAUACAAGGCGAAUGCAUCGAGUUAAAUAAUUUGCUCCGAAGCGACAGAUUUUUAUUGUGUAUGUCAAUCUUUUUGCCAAUAAAAUAGACUUUAUGGUUUGUAAUUUUUACGUGGGACCUGCAUAGUAUAAAAAUUUAAAGUCACGUCGAUCCCAUCAAUACUAUUCGUGCCAUUGUGUAUAUGACACGAAUUUUAUAGUGAUUUUUAUUAUGUAGCUGCCUUUAUAAUAAUUAGACUAGCAUAAAGUAUAGCUGCAGGUGUACAUCACAGCGUCGAACGGCGAUCGUGUUUUUGGAUAACUUUUUUUUUAUCGUCGUCGUCGUAUUUAUUGUCAAUAAUUUUUUAUCAUCUAUACUAAGCGAGGAGAUUAUGCAGCCACUUGUGUCGACUAUGAUAUAGUACGCCAAUAAGUAUAUGCGCAGAGUUUCGCAACGCGUCCAAAGCGAAUCGACGUUACGUUAUCGAUCUGCAAUCCUCUCGUAUACGCAAAUAUACUCAUGAAGAGUAUACAGAGUUAUACAUAGGCGUAAAAACAUCUAUACAAUUCAUCAAAUAAAUUUACUGGAAAAAUAUCAUUACAGAAAGUGUAUACGACAUUGAUAAGCGUGUGUACGUAUAUUUUAUCUUCAAUACAAAACGCCUCGAUUGACACCAAUCAGCAUGAUUAUGAUUAUGAACACCGUCAACGCUCUGCGGAGUUCUAUAAUCGUGCUAACGAUCGUGUUCGCAGCGUCUUCAGCAUCUCAUUCAAGGAUUGGAUUCGAUAAAUACCACAACCACAAAGAGAUGACUAAUUAUUUAAUGGAAAUAACUGAAGAAUUUUCCAACAUUUCAUCGCUGUAUUCGAUUGGCAAGUCAGUUUUAAAACGUGAACUGUGGGCCGUCAAAUUAACUACUGCAACUGAACUGCUGGGUGUGCCAAACAUUAAAAUUGUCGGGAAUAUACACGGUAACGAGCCCGUAGGAAGAGAAAUCAUUUUACAUCUGAUUCAAUAUUUAUUGGAUAACAAUUCGAAAAACAAAGCAAUUAACAAUCUGUUGCGAACCACCAUCAUUCACUUGUUGCCGAGCAUGAAUCCGGACGGAUUCGAACUUUCUGAGCCUCAACCUUGUCCUAACGAUGGGAUGCAUAUUUCAGGUUCUAGAGGAAACGCAAACACUUUUGAUUUAAAUCGAAAUUUUCCGGACAUGUUUAAUCCACACACAGUGCCACUGCAACCCGAAACCAAAGCAAUUAUGGGGUGGUUAAAAUCUGUACCGUUCGUCAUGUCUCUAAGCUUACACGGUGGCGCUUUGGUGGCCAAUUUCCCUUACGAUGGUUCACCGGAUUCGGUACCAGGAAAGUUGCAGAAAUUAAACGAAACAUUGAAAAUCGCCGAUGUGUUUGAACUCUACGAAAUAUUUCGAAAUGAUUCUAGUUACAAUCAUAAUAGCAAGAAUACGGAAAGUUUAACACCAGACGAUGACAUAUUUCGAUUUUUAGCUAAACAAUAUGCCGUUUUGCACCCGACUAUGCAUAACGGUCUAAGCUGUGGAGAUGACUAUUUAAAAUUCAAAGAUGGCAUAACAAAUGGAGCUGCUUGGUAUCAAGUAAUAGGAAGCAUGCAAGAUUACAAUUACGUAUGGCAUGGAUGUAUGGAAAUCACUUUGGAAAUGUCUUGUUGCAAGUAUCCACCAGCCUCAUUUUUGAAAUCUCACUGGGAAGAUCAUUUAAAGCCACUUUUGACAUGGAUGCAACAAGCGCACAGAGGCAUUAAGGGUAUCGUCACGGACAGGAUAACUGGAAAACCCAUAUCAAACGCCAUUGUUAGCCUUACAGAUCGUGAAAAUUAUGUCAACACGACCGUAAACGGAGAAUACUGGAAAAUACUACUUUCCGGUGUAUACAAGUUACGCGUGAAAGCGAUCGGAUACGACGAGAAAAUCGUUCGAGUGAAGGUGCCGGAGGAACAAGAGUAUCAGGAGCAAGGGCCUCGGCCACAAUUGGUGAAUGUCCAGUUGGAACCAACGAAGAAGAAGACGAUAGCUGACAGCAGCAGCACCGUAAGUGACAACGAUCACCACAACACUUAUUGGGUGUCAAACGGUGACCGACAUGGCGCGACGGAUCGGGCGGCGGCGGCGGAGACGUCUGCCGAUAAUGAUGUCGUACUUCUCGGUGCGGAUCGGCCUUUGCAUAACGUACACAAAUCGUCCAUCGAUAAACAUUUAUUAUUGGAGGUCGACGUGGAGGUCGACGACGACGACGAUAACAAUGACGAAUACUCCGUCCGCAAUGGUAAAAGAUACGACAUCAUUCGGCUGCAAUCGAUGCGACCGCCGUUGCCCGUUCAGUCAUCGUCCUCUCAUUCCAGUAACAAUUUUCCACCUCGCGUAACCGGCGUGGUAACAACGCUGUCUCUGUACCUAUUGCGGUUCUCGUAUUUCAAUGUACACGUAUUCUUGUAAUUGUCGUCAUCGAUGAUUACGAUUUUAGCUUAAUUUGUAUUAUAAUAUCAAUAAUAUCAUAAUAUCAUCAUUCAUCAUACUCGUGUUCUUGGAUAUAUUGUCAUUUAACUAAGUACACAAAUUAGUAUAACGCUAUUUAUACAAAUUUUAGCUGAUAGUUACAAUACUAGGUGGCGGCGAACCUGUAGCUCAAUGUCUUUUUCAUGCAUGGUAACUUCGCGGGCAAACGCACAUUUAAAAAUCUUGGGUUUACAAAAAUGUGUCCAAUAUUCAUCCAUCGUUUUCAAAUGCAUUAUACUUGAUGAUUAUGUUAACGUAGACAAUCGCAUUAAUUUAAAAACUAUUUACAUUUUUGAAAAUUUUUUUUUACAUAAUUUCAAAUCUGUAACGACUAUACCUAUAAUUAAUAUAUAAUGUAGUUCAUUAUUUAUUAAUUGAUCAUCAGGUUAUAACAAUACAGCUGAAAAUAAUCAUUCUUAUCCAUUCAAAGUAAUACUCAUUAUUUUAGAAGGCUAACGUUUUUGAAAAUAUUUUUACAUAAUUUUAAGUGGUUAUUUAAAAAAACCAACAUUUGAAAAAAAUAUGAUAUUUUUAUAAUUUUUUAUUGUAUAGUAACUUUUAAACGUUUUUAACUUUUUAAACGACAACAUGCAUUUUUAUUUUAUAUUUCUAAGCAGAAUAUACUUAAAAGUUAUAACUUAUGAAACUUUAUGAAAAAUGUGCAGAGUAGGAGACCAACAUUUGUAUGAGAGAGUGCCCUUCCACUCCGCUUAUCUAAACUUUAAAUACUUAUUACUCAUAAACUAUUCGUCCAAAAUUCGAUUUUUAUGUAUUGAAAUACUUUACAAAAAAGUUUGCUUUGCAAAAUAAAUAAAAUAUGCAUGAUGUUCUUGUCAUUAACUGAAAUAAAAAAAACUUAAAAAUAUUAUAACAUAUAAAGAAACAGUAAUAAAUAUUUUUUUCGUCAAUAAUUGUUUAUAAUUAUUUAAAUGUAUACAAAAAUUUGUUUUUUUUUUAAAUAAUUGUACAUAUAAAAUUUAAUAAUUUUUAAAGUUUUUACUUUUUUUAAGAUAACAUACAUUUUUAAUUUCAUAUUUCAAAGUAGAAAAAUAAUUGGAAUAUUUUGUUAUUUAUAAAGUAUUAAUUAAAUUUCGGACGAAUAGUUAUUGUGUUAUUAUAGGUAUCUAGCAAAAUGUUGGUCAACUACUCCACUUGCCCACUUGUAUAAGUUUGAAAUACCUAUAAGGCUACCUAUAACCAUAGUUUAAGUCAUGUACUACUUGUUAAAAAUGUACAUAAGAAUAUUAAGUCAUAUUACUCAUAUUAUAAUAUUAUAUAUUAGGUAAAUCGAAAUCGAUUAUUUUUUUUUCAUAUCAUUAUAUAUUGUUUCGUUUUAUAACAUUGACACGGGUCGCGGGUGUCGGGUGUCAAUUAUUCAUUAAAGAAAAUGUACUUUUUAUAAAAGUUGUGUUAUUUUUAGUAGGUGUAUAAGAUAAGAUAUACGUGCCACGUGCGUAUACACAUCUAUACUUAGUUCUUAACUAUCGAUUAUCGCCUGUAAAAUAUUAUUCUAUAAAUACGUCCCUUCGACUAUAUAAUUUAUAUUUAUGUUAUUGUAUUCUAUUGUCAACCUUCAUUAUGUUAUUGUGUGUGCACUGUGUAUACAAUAACAACUUGAAAUAUUUAGGUAAUUUGUAUAUGGCAUAGUAAUAUUUACUAAUAAUACUAUAAGAUUUUGCUAGUGAAAUGUCUUAGUACUAAUUAGUUCCGUGUAUGUUUUUGUUUUCGAGCUGUAUGAACAUUGAACUAUAACUUUUCAUACAUAUGUAUAUUUUUUAAUUUAUAUAAAAUAACGUAGGUUAUACGUUUAAUCAUCUUAUGAUUGAUAUAUUAUUGUGUACGUUGUAUGUCUAUAUUAUAAUUUAACAUGGUGUUUGUAGCUUGUGCAGCGUUCAUAUAGAAUAAUAAUAGUAUAAUGUACAAAAUGUCUUAAACUACUCGCACUUUAAAACUAUUUUUUUAAUUAUUCCGAACCAUUCGAUUACAAUAUUUGUAAUAUUUAUAUUUUAUUAUACUAAUAAUUAAUAAAUAAUAAUAUAAUUAUAUUAAUUAAAUAA